CAAACUUGGUGUUCCAGCGUUAGCCGGUCGACGACGAAAAGCGACAACAUCCAUCCGACUCCGAGGACCAUCACCUUACCCUCGCCAACUCCUUCAAGAUGGUCCGUUACGCCGCCCAGGAGAUUCCGAACGCAAAGAGCGCCCGCGCGCGGGGCUCUUACCUGCGUGUCAGCUUCAAGAACACCCGUGAGACCGCUCAGGCCAUCAACGGUAUGAAGCUGCAGAAGGCUCUCACCUACCUCGAGAACGUCACCAAGAAGUCCAUGGCCGUUCCCAUGCGCCGCUACGCCGGCUCCACCGGUCGCACCGCUCAGGGCAAGCAGUUCGGUGUCUCCAAGGCUCGCUGGCCCGUCAAGUCCGCCGAGUUCCUGAUCGAUCUCCUCAAGAACGCCGAGGCCAACGCCGACACCAAGGGACUCGACACCGGUGCUCUGGUUGUCAAGCGCAUCCAGGUUAACCAGGCUCCCAAGGGCCGCCGCCGCACUUACCGUGCUCACGGUCGUAUCAACCCCUACAUGACCAACCCCUGCCACAUCGAGCUCAUCCUCACCGAGGCUGACGAGGAGGUCGCCAAGGCCUCUGAGUCUUCCCUUAAGGCUACCCGCCUGUCUUCCCGCCAGCGCGGCUCCCAGAUCCGCCGUGCCCUCACUGAGGCAUAAAUGGAUCGCCUGAUGUUAUGUUGAAAUUGGGACGGGAGGUUUCCAGGGGACGACUUUGUGGAAAAAGGAUUUGCGGUGGACGGGAUUGACCGGAGUUCUUGCGCAUCUGUAUGUUGGAACGGAAAAUGAUACCGGAUCAUACAAGAUUUUUUCUAAGGUCAUGGCACCAACGCUCGGAGGAGAACCAAAUAAAAAGUUUAAACAGCGCCGCUCCGGAAACGAUGGAUAUAGGAAUCUCCGUACUGCCCGGUCCGAUCAUGAUUAUCAAUGAUGGUUCUUCUUCUGUGAUUUGUUUUCGGCUCUGUCAAUGUGGGCUUCUGUGUUGCCUUGUGUAGGGUAGUGUUGUUAGUUUCGACUUAGACUUUUCCUCUCCGAUCUGGUCCAGUUCGUUCAUCACACUGGAUGUUCUGCGAGGGUUUUAGGAUUUGAUGGUCCGCUCGAGUCCAAAAAUAAUAUUUAUGUUUCACGACUCAAAGA